UGUUAUAGCGGAACCGAGACUGAAAACUUCAGCUUUACUUGUUUGCAGGGUUUAAAGGGGAGACUCCGCUCUCGUCGAAGCUCUAGACUCGAGAUAGCAGCUCCUGGUGAAGUUUCAGAGACGAAAUUUUCGGAUUCUGAUCUCUCUAGUAUGGCAGGGAGAAAUCGCAUGCCUCGCCAUCCCAUGGAUGAUGGUUUCCGAGGUUUUCGUGAUGGUCCCAGACCAGUUUUGAGCCGGGGUCCAGGGCCCCUGCCUCUUCACCCUGCAGCUUUGGAAGAGGAGCUCGAAAUCCAACAUGAAGAGAUGCGGAGAAUUAUUGCUGAGAAUAGGCAUUUGGCUGAUGACCAUUUGAUUCUGCAAAGGGAGCUAGCUGCUGCAAGGGAUGAAAUCCAUAGGUUGAGUCAGGUGAUGCCCAAACUCCGGGCUGACAAGGAGGCACAUGCACGAGAGCUGAUUGAGAGGGGACUGAAGCUAGAAGCCGAGCUUCGUGCUACUGAGCCUCUGAGGGUAGAAGUUCUGCAGUUACGAGCUGAAGCUCAGAAAUUGAAUGCUUUAAGACAGGAUCUCUCUGCCCAGAUUCAAAGUCUCACACAGGACCUGAACCGAUUGCAAGCUGAGAAUAAGCAAUUACAUGUCAUGAAGGCAGACAUUGAUGGUUUGCGUCAGGAGCUUGUGAGAACCAGAACGGCUUUUGAGUAUGAGAAGAAAGCAAAUGCUGAGCAGAUGGAACAGAAGCAAGGAAUGGAGAAUAAUCUGGUCUCAAUGGCUCGUGAAGUUGAGAAGUUGCGAGCAGAGCACCUGGCAGCGGAGAAGAGAGCACGAGGCCUUGGUGGUGGGGGCUACGGAUUGUUGAAAGGAAGCCCUGAAUUCAGAUACCCUACUGGCACUUUUGGUGAUGGCCAUGGUGGAGCAUGGGGAUCUUAUGAUAAGCGUGGCCCUGCUCGACGUUGAGCCUUCCCUAGAUUUAAUACUCCUGUUUAUUGGAUUUGCAGUGGUGGAUUUAGAUUUGGUUAGCUUUUAGUUUGGUAGUGGUGGCUAAGCAAAUAGAUUUUUCUCAAGUGAGGCAGGCUUAUUAAUUUGUCGGAAUUGAGUACUGUUUCUUUCUCUAGU